CUUGCCGGGGUCUGGGGGUCCUUUCUGGCGCUAGAGGCCGGAUGUGGGCCAGCGGUGCUUCAGAGCGCGCUCUGCCCCAAGCUGACCUCUGGGGACUUGGGGAAGUGCAUUUUUGGCCCCCUGCAGCCGAGCUCCGCGCGCCCUGGCCUGGGUGGGAGAACCCGGCAGCGCGCCAGGAAGCUGCAGCGCGCAGACAGGACCUUCCUUGUCUCCGAUAGUGACCCGGCGGGGGCCCAGCACCUCGUGCGCCCCUAGCACUGCUGGUGCGCGUGGAGCUGGCUCGGUGGCAUCGACUGGAAAGCCCAGGGCUCUAUGGGGCCUCCAUGAAGGCCCCUUCGCAGGCUCGCGGCCGGCAUGGCCCCCACGCUGCAGCAGGCGUACCGGAGGCGCUGGUGGAUGGCCUGCACGGCCGUACUGGAGAACCUCUUCUUUUCCGCUGUGCUGCUAGGCUGGGGCUCCCUGCUGAUCAUGCUCAAGAAGGAGGGCUUCUAUUCCAGCAAGUGCACAGCUGAGAACAACAACAACAACACCACCACCACCACCACCACCACCACCACCACGCAGGAUGAGCCCCACCAGUGGCCGAGCUGUGCCUGGCAGGAUGAGAUGCUCAACCUGGGCUUCACCAUUGGUUCCUUUGUGCUCAGCGCCACCACCCUGCCCCUGGGGAUCCUCAUGGACCGCUUUGGCCCCCGGCCCUUGCGGCUGGUUGGCAGCGCCUCCUUCGCCGCAUCCUGCACCCUUAUGGCCCUGGCAUCACGGGACACUGAAGUUCUGUCUCCAUUGAUAUUCCUGGCCCUGUCCCUGAAUGGCUUUGGUGGAAUCUGCCUAACGUUCACUUCACUCACUCUGCCCAACAUGUUUGGGAACCUGCGCUCCACGUUCAUGGCCCUCAUGAUUGGCUCCUAUGCCUCUUCUGCCAUCACAUUCCCAGGAAUCAAGCUGAUCUAUGAUGCUGGUGUGGCCUUCGUGGUCAUCAUGUUCACCUGGUCCGGCCUGGCCUGCCUUAUCUUUCUGAACUGUGCCCUCAACUGGCCUGUUGAAGCCUUUCCUGCCCCCGAGGAAGUUAAUUACACAAAGAAGAUCAAGCUCAGUGGGCUGGCCCUGGAUCACAAGGUGACAGGUGACCGCUUCUAUACUCACGUGACCAUGGUGGGCCAGCGGCUGAGCCAGAAGGCCCCUAGCCUGGAGGAGGGGAAUGAUGUCUUCAUCUCAUCCCAGGAUAUUCGUGGUACCUCGGGAAAACUUCCUGAGAGGUCUGUCCCUUUCCGAAAGAGUCUCUGUGCCCCCAUUUUCCUGUGGAGCCUCCUCACCAUGGGCUUGACCCAGCUGCGGAUCAUCUUCUACAUGGCUGCCAUGAACAAGAUGCUGGAGUUCAUAAUGCUCGGCGGCCAGGAGCAGACGACAAGCGAACAGAGCCAAAAGGCAUCAGAGACAGUUGGGUUCUACACCUCUGUCUUUGGGGCCAUGCAACUGUUGUGCCUUCUUACCUGCCCCCUCAUCGGCUACAUCAUGGACUGGCGGAUCAAGGACUGUGUGGACACCCCGGCUGAGGGCACUGGCCUCAGAGAUGCCAGGGAUAGCGUUGCCACCAAGUCCCCCAGACCACGCUACCGUAAGAUCCAGAAGCUCACCAAUGCCAUCAAUGCGUUCACGCUGACCAACUUCCUACUUGUGGGUUUCGGCAUCACCUGCCUCAUCAGCAACUUACACCUCCAGUUUGUGACCUUUGUCCUGCACACCAUGGUUCGAGGUUUCUUCCACUCUGCCUGUGGAAGUCUCUAUGCUGCAGUGUUCCCGUCCAACCACUUUGGGACGCUGACGGGCCUGCAGUCCCUCAUCAGUGCUGUGUUUGCCCUGUUACAGCAGCCACUGUUCAUGGCCAUGGUGGGCCCCCUGCAAGGAGACCCCUUCUGGGUGAAUUUUGGCCUCCUGCUCUUCUCACUCCUUGGAUUCCUGCUACCUUCCUACCUCUUCUACUACCGUGCCCGGCUCCAGAAGGAGUACACUGCCAAUGGGGCGGGCCCACUGAAGGUGCUCAACAGUCCCGAGGUGACUGCAUAGACUCCUGAGGCCGAGACCUGGACAACAGGCAGCAAGGCCUGAGCAACCAAAGGGAAUGCCCCAUGUGGCUUUUCUACCUGUAACAUUCACAUAGAGCCAGGGGCUAUGGAUUUAUAAAUAUCAAGAGUUCUAUUUUUGUAAGGACUUGACAAAAGGAAAAAAAGAAUCCCUAAAAAAAAAAAAGUCCCCCAAAGCAGUGCUCCAUUGACUGAAGACAGUCUGUGCUAGAGGGAUUAUGCCUUCUUCCUCUAUGGACUGGAGGACACCAGGGUAUGGGGUACCCUUUCUGCAGCCUUCGUCCUAGGGGCUUGCCUCCUGGCCCCUCAUGGUGCUUGUGCGAUCAGUGAAUGGGCUACCCGCCUCAGACCCGGCUGCCAAGAGUGCAUGCAUGCAUGCAUGUGUGUGUGUGUGUGUGUGUGUGUGCAAUGCAACCUUCCCUCAGAAGAAAGGGGCCUGAGGUGCUGGCUGUGUCCCAGGUGGGGUGUAGUGGGUAGGUCCCUUCCAGAGGCUGGAGGGCAGGUUCCCUCCCUGGUGCUGCUUCUUGCAAGUCUUAGAGGAAAUAAAAAGGGAAGUGAGAGACUG